AUGGCUAUCAAGUCUCUGGAGUCAUAUCUCUUUGAGAGAGGAUUGGUGGGAUCGUACCCGAUCGAAGCCCUUAAGAAUGCUGCUCUAGGGGUUGAUGUGAACCACUACGUCUCUAGAUUGUUGACAAGCAAGAGGGAGCAAUAUCUUGAUGCCAUUGGGGGCUUUCCUACAAGUCUGAAGAUGUAUUUGGAGAGCGAUUUGAAGAUCUUUAAGGAGUACAACAUUACCCCCGUGUUCGUGUUCAAUGGAAGUAUGGUUAGCAAUCAAUUGGAAAACUCCGAUUAUCUCAAUGGCUAUGCAGCUGAGGCUGCUGCCGUGGCAAUGAGCUCGCCCGGUUCGAAAGCGUCGACGUCUAGCAGCACUGCUAUGUAUUCGGCGAAUUCAGCAGUGAGUGCUAAUAAGGAGGCUAUUUUCAUUCAGAGACACAGAGGUUGGACACAAUGGAACAACUUGCGGAGCAGCAACCAGACGUCGUACAUUGAUCAGCCAAUUCAGCCUCAAGAACCGUUCAGAUAUAACACGAUGAUCGAAUCAAAGAGAUUUUAUUCCGAUUUGAUUGCCUAUUUCAUUGAUAACGACAUAAUCUACCAAGUCGCACCGUACACCUCGUGGUCCCAGCUGUCAUACCUGAUGAAUAGCGGCUAUAUCGAUGCGAUCUAUGGGCCUACUGACUGUCUCAUGCUAUCGGAUGUCGAUAAGUUCAUCCUGGGGAUGGAGUUUCCGAACAAAGAGUUCAGGUUUAUCGAUAAAACGAGGAUCCUGAGAGAAUUCAAUUGUUCUCAUGAGGAAUUUGUUGACAUCGCGAUGGCAGUCGGUAAUGAUUUGCAACCGGUGACCUUACCGCCUUUACAAAUUUACCCCGCAUCGCAAGUCUUCGAGAUUGCACUAGAAAUGGUUGUGACCACAGGUACGAACUUUUAUGCGUAUCAAUUCUCCAAUCCAAUAAAGACGGAGAGCGUGGAAUUUGUUGACAAAUACCAGAAGGGUGUCUCCGCGCUUAGAUAUAUGCCUGUUUUGAAGGACUCCGGAAAGGUUGAACUCUACGUUGAAGCAGAGAAUAUUAGAGAUUACCUCGAGACCGAUCAAGGUGAUGGAGAGAGCCAUGCUACCAGCGAUAAGGGGAUGGCUUCUAAACCUUCAAAAGCCGCAAGCUUAACGCGGAAGCCAGUUCCCUCCGAUGUUCAUGCUUUCAUUGCCCAACAACUUCCCUCCGAGUAUUACUUCUACAAAUCUCUCGGGUUGGUUUCCGGUAAAUUGUUUGACGCUAUCACUACAGGUGUUUAUCCAGAAGAGCCACCACUCGUUGGUGGAUCUACUAAUUCAUACAGAAACUUGGUCAAAAAAUCCGUUGACCUCUUUAAAAAUAAGGAGAUUAAUCUCUUAACGCAACCAAUCAAUAGAUACUAUCAAAUCAAACCAAUAAAGCAAGUAAACUGGUUUGCUCCUGAAGAUGCGACGGUGCUGGUUAAUAGAGUUAUGCCAUCAAUAUUUGAUAAGCUGAAUAGGCUGAUAGUCAAGACCGAUGACAUUGAAAGACAGUUCAGCAUGAAGAGUUUUAUUACGUUGAUAAACAAUUCAGAUGACCUCGGGAACGACUUUAUUAGUGACAAUGUGAUUUUUCCCAACUCGGUGCCUGCAGAGAAAAAGCUGCUCGCACCUUUUGAUCUGCUGUCCACUAGUUUCCUCAGAUUUCUGUACCAGCUCGAUUUCUUUGAUCUUGACCUGGAGAAAAAAAUUCUAAAACCAACCGAAUGGGGUUCAGUAUUCCUAAAAUUGAAUGAGAUGUCAGUCGAUCCCAAAUUCCACGAAUCUAUCCUAAUUCUGCUUGUAUUCUUGAAGCUGGAUGUUUUGUCUCUGUCUCAAGAUACUGUGCCUUCUGCUCAAUCGGCCUUGUCGCAGGCCACUUUGCGCUCAUAUCCUCAGGAAUCCCUCUACGUGCUUCUUUUGACACGUCUGUUGACUCUGUAUCAAAUCGAACAAAAACCAUCCAAUUACCACGGUCCAGUGGAUAAGAAGACUCUGAUCUUCAGAGAUCACCUACACUACGUCAAGGCGAACAUGAAUGAGAUGUACGAAGCCGUCAUCGUGUCCUCAUUAACCUCCGGCGAGUUUGACCGAGUCUCGCUCGAAGGAGAAGCGUGGCAGAAGAAAAUAGUGAGAAACAUGCCCUUCAAAUUGACCACGCCAAAUACUGUCAUGGCAAUGAUGUGGCAAUUCUUCCUGCAAAAAUACCUGCAUAACGGCAACGCAAAGGCAGAUGCAUUAACUUUGAUUGCCACUGAGUUCAGUACCUAUAAAUCCACGCCAAAUCUGGAACAACAGUUUUCCAGCUCUCACGAAUUUUUGCAGCACUGUUCUCGUGUUCUGACAGCAUUAGCGUCACACAAUUUGAUAAAGAAUGAUGAUGCAUUGUUGUUCGAAAAAGCCGUCAAGUUUAGUGGAGAGGCUUUUGCAAGCUGA